AACAUCAGCCAAGCCUAUCGGCAGAUGGGCGAUGGAGACAAAACUCACAGGAAGCUCCUUUCUCCGUCACCACUGGUCUCCACAGGCGGCGAGAGUGGAGCAGCACCGCCGAGAAAAACAGAGGAAGAAAAAACAUUCAAAGCCAAGGCCAGUCUAGAUUAAAGCAGCCAUGUCCGCCAAAGCCAUCUCUGAGCAGACAGGAAAGGAGUUCCUGUACAAGUACAUCUGCACAUCGGCGGCUGUCCAGAACAGAUUCCGCUACGCCAACGUGACCACCGAGACCGACUUUGACCGACUGGCGCAGGAACACCCAUGGCUGCUCACAGAGAGGCUGGUGGUGAAGCCGGACCAGCUGAUCAAGAGGCGAGGGAAGCUGGGCCUGGUCGGCGUCAACCUGGACCUGAAUGGUGUCAGAGAGUGGCUGAAGCCCCGCCUAAUGAAGGAGACAAUGGUGGGAAAAGCUAAGGGCAUUCUCAAGAACUUCCUCAUCGAGCCAUUUGUCCCCCACAAGCAGGAGGAGGAGUUCUACGUUUGCAUCUACGCCACCCGGGAGGGAGACUACGUGCUGUUUCACCAUGAGGGAGGGGUGGACGUUGGAGAUGUGGACGCCAAGGCGAAGAAGCUGCUAAUUGGCGUGGAUGAAAAGAUCAGCGAAGACUCUGUGAAGAAGGAGCUGCUGACGCACGUACCAAAUGACAAGAAAGCGGUCCUGGCCAACUUCAUUGUCGGGCUCUUUAACCUGUAUGAGGACCUGUUCUUCACAUACCUGGAGAUCAACCCAUUGGUGGUCACAAAAGAUGGAAUUUACGUGCUGGACAUGGCAGCUAAGAUUGAUGCCACGGCUGACUACAUCUGCAAAGCCAAGUGGGGUGAUGUGGAGUUCCCUCCCCCUUUCGGCAGGGAGGCCUAUCCUGAGGAGGCCUACAUUGCCGACCUGGAUGCCAAGAGCGGUGCCAGCCUUAAACUCACCCUGCUCAACCCCAGAGGCAGGAUCUGGACCAUGGUGGCAGGAGGAGGUGCCUCAGUGGUGUACAGUGACACAAUCUGCGACCUGGGUGGCGUCAACGAACUGGCCAAUUAUGGAGAGUAUUCAGGAGCCCCGAGUGAACAGCAGACCUAUGACUACGCUAAGACCAUCCUGUCACUGAUGACCAGAGAGAAGCACCCUGAUGGAAAGGUUUUGAUCAUUGGGGGAAGCAUUGCAAACUUCACAAACGUUGCAGCAACAUUUAAGGGGAUUGUUAGAGCUAUCAGAGACUAUCAGGUGCCACUAAAGGAGCAUGAGGUCACCAUUUUUGUCCGCCGUGGAGGCCCCAAUUACCAAGAAGGUCUCAGAGUGAUGGGAGAAGUUGGCAAGACCACUGGGAUCCCCAUCCACGUCUUUGGCACAGAAACUCACAUGACGGCCAUUGUUGGCAUGGCACUGGGCCACCGGCCAAUCCCCAACCAGCCUCCUGUUGCUGCCCACACUGCCAACUUCCUGCUCAACUCCAGCGGCAGCACAUCGACUCCAGUGUCCAGCAGAACUGCUUCUUUCUCUGAAAACAGAGCCAGGGUAGAGGCCUCACCAGCCAAGAAAGCCAAAAGCGGAGCUCCUAUUGCCAAGGCAACUACCCUGUUCAGCAAACACACCAAGUCCAUAGUGUGGGGCAUGCAGACUCGGGCAGUGCAGGGCAUGCUGGAUUUUGACUAUGUCUGCUCCAGAGAUGAGCCGUCUGUCGCAGCUAUGGUCUACCCCUUCACUGGAGACCAUAAACAGAAGUUCUAUUGGGGCCAUAAAGAGAUCCUCCUCCCUGUAUAUAAGAACAUGAGCGAUGCCAUGAAGAAGCACCCAGAUGUGGACGUGCUCAUCAACUUUGCCUCUUUGCGUUCGGCCUUUGAUAGCACCAUGGAAACCAUGCAGUACCCACAGAUUCACACCAUUGCCAUCAUCGCUGAGGGCAUCCCUGAAGCCCAUACCAGGAAGAUCAUCAAGGCAGCAGAUGAGAAGGGUGUCACAAUCAUUGGACCAGCAACUGUUGGAGGAAUUAAACCGGGUUGCUUUAAAAUUGGGAACACAGGAGGCAUGCUGGAUAACAUCCUCGCCUCCAAGCUUUAUCGCCCAGGCAGUGUGGCCUAUGUGUCCCGCUCAGGCGGCAUGUCCAAUGAACUCAACAACAUCAUCUCCCGUACCACUGACGGUGUUUUCGAAGGUGUUGCCAUUGGUGGGGACAGAUACCCAGGCUCUGUGUUUACUGACCAUGUGCUGCGCUACCAGGACACUCCUGGAGUAAAAAUGAUUGUUGUGCUGGGAGAGAUCGGAGGCACAGAGGAGUACAAGAUCUGCCAGGCUAUUAAACAGGGAAGGAUCACAAAGCCAGUGGUCUGCUGGUGUAUUGGCACCUGUGCCACCAUGUUCUCCUCAGAGGUUCAGUUUGGCCAUGCAGGAGCUUGUGCCAACCAGGCCUCUGAGACAGCAGUGGCUAAGAAUCAGGCUUUGAAAGAUGCUGGUGCCUACGUCCCCAAGAGCUUUGAUGAGCUGGGCGAGAUAAUCAAAUCUGUUUAUGACGACCUUGUUGCCAAAGGAGUUAUCCAGCCAGCUGAAGAGGUCCCUCCCCCCACUGUGCCAAUGGAUUACUCCUGGGCGCGAGAGCUCGGUCUGAUCCGUAAGCCAGCCUCUUUCAUGACCAGCAUCUGUGACGAGAGAGGUCAGGAGCUCAUCUACGCAGGCAUGCCCAUCACUGAGGUCUUCAAGUCAGAAAUAGGCCUGGGUGGAACUCUGGGACUGCUGUGGUUCCAGAGGAGGUUGCCAAGGUAUGCUUGCCAGUUCAUUGAGAUGUGCCUGAUGGUGACCGCUGAUCACGGCCCUGCUGUUUCUGGUGCACACAACACCAUUGUGUGUGCCCGAGCAGGCAAAGAUCUCAUCUCGAGCCUCACCUCCGGCCUCCUCACUAUUGGUGACCGCUUUGGAGGUGCUCUGGAUGCUGCAGCAAAGCAGUUCAGCAAGGCAUUUGAUAGCGGUAUGCUGCCUAUGGAGUUUGUCAACAAGAUGAAGAAGGAUGGGAAGCUGAUCAUGGGCAUUGGACACAGAGUCAAGUCGAUUAACAAUCCAGACAUGAGAGUCCAGAUCUUGAAGGACUUUGUGAAGCAGCACUUCCCCUCCACCCAGCUGCUGGACUACGCUCUAGAUGUAGAGAAGAUCACCACAUCCAAAAAACCCAACUUGAUCUUGAAUGUGGAUGGCUUCAUUGGAGUGGCCUUUGUGGACUUGCUCAGGACUUGUGGUGGUUUUACAAGGGAUGAAGCUGAUGAGUUUGUGGAAAUUGGAGCUCUGAAUGGCAUUUUUGUCCUGGGACGCAGCAUGGGAUUCAUUGGACACUACCUGGACCAGAAGAGGCUGAAGCAGGGUCUGUAUCGCCACCCAUGGGAUGACAUCUCCUAUGUGCUCCCUGAACACAUGUCCAUGUAAUCAGAGGGACUAAACCAGGGAGUGCCAGCCUCCUGUCCCCCCUAUCCCCUCAUCCCAGCUGUCAGUCCUCCCGCCCAUACUGUGAUCUGUCACCUCGAGGAAGUGGCAUAAUAUAUAGGGAAGAUGUUACUACUAAUAUAACUGUAAAUGGCAAAUAUUAAAAAGAGGAAUUUCAUGUUUUUAGUUUUGGAAACCUGUCAGUGCUGCAGUUUUGUGAAUAAUCGUAAAGCCUGCUGCCAACUGUGAAGCACCAGUCAAACAGAGUCCGGGUCUGACUUUGUUAGAAAGAGUUGAUGAUGAAUCAGGUGAGAGAGCUAUAGUGGAUUAGUCAACUGUCGACCAUCGCCACUAUCACUCCCAUGGCUACAACAGUGAAGUACUGUUAUUUACCCCCAGAUAUUACAUUGUUGUAUUAAUCUAGCAUGUGUGUCUGUAUCACAGACUGUUGUGCAGCUCUCUUCAUUGUGCCAUAUAAAAAUCGUGAGCUUGUGAGAAGGGAUGAACAUGUAGUGUAAUAAUGCCUAAUAAUAUGAGAACAUACUGUAGAUCAGAGCUUUAUUUGUGUAUAGAUGCAUUCUUAGUGAAAAGGAAGUGGUACAGGAAUGUUAUAGUUUAGAUUUUCUGUAAUGUUUUUGACACAGUGGCACCCAUGAAAACAGCAGUCUGCUUACUGUGGCAAACGGGACCAUUUUAUGAGUCAUUCCUUGCAGGUGCUGCCAUUUGCUGUCCCCAGGAAAUGUUCUCUCUCAGCUGGUGCAAAAUGUGGGAGUAUUUUCUACAAGGUUUUAAAUGGAAGUUGGGAGUUGUUUAUCAUAAGAGCAGAAAGUAAAUAUUUGAUUUCAGUGGUCUUUUUUGUCUCCCCUGCUAUGUAAGUGGAUUAGGGCAUUUUGCCAUUGAUGGGAAAUGAGCCACAAAAAAUUAAUAUUCCGUUUUUGGUUUUUUUUAGGUCUGCUCUGUCUUAAUAUUGUUAAAAUAUAUACACUAAUCCCAUUACAAUAAGCUGACUUGUUAUUAGAAUAUUUUUUGCCCAGCACUAUAACACAGCAGUUAAAUGCCAUUUUCUUCUUUCACAUGAUUAAAAUGUUAGGUUUUCAUGUUGUUUGAAUCAGUGGAGAUUGUUCUCUUUCAACAUUUCAUUUCUGUGUUAGAGGGGGAUUUUAAAGGUAAUUCCAUGCCCAGUGCUGGACAUGUUUCCCCAUCUAUUAGCCACCAACAAAACCAAUUAAUAUGACACAGACGACAUACAAGUAUCACCUGAAGAGAAUUUGACACAUCCAGCAGACCUUUUUGACAAUCUGCUCGUAAUCAUUUUCUUCUUUUUUGAAAUUAAAGAAUAGUAUACAUUUCCCCAUAAUUUAUGAAGUCCAAAAGAAAGUAUGUGGCAACCAUCGCCAGUGUCAUCUUUUAUGUGAAAAAAAAUCCAUGGACAACCAGAAACCUCACCAGUGUUGUGGCAAUGUUUUUGUUUUUAACUGUUUCAGUGUGAACUGAAUGUGCCUCUGUGCUGAUUUGUUGUAUGUUAACAAUUGUGUAAUUGAGUAAAAUAAAAUGUAAUUGAUGUAAUAACAUAGCAUAA